GGCAUGGUGGGAGGGGUUGAUAGGCUGUGUCCAACGCCCCGGGUCCUUGGACCUCGGGCAUUUGGGCAGUCACGGCAGUGUCACUGUGGUGGGCUCCAGGCAUGGCAAGCAUUCGAGGCUAACCCAUAUCAGGUCGUUGCGCUUUCGGGGCCUACAAUCGACCUAGUAAGAACUACGGAGAACUCUUUCAGUACACAGCGCAUGGUAUCGUGGGUGCGUUGAUAUUCUUCGCCUUCUGCGACACCACGUUCCUUUGUCGGCUUGCACACCACUCUCACGACUAACACCUAGCAGCACUAUCCCUCAUAAAUUCUUCGACCCUUACAGCGUCUUGCGCACCAUCCAAAUCUACCAGAGAUCUCGUUACGCCAAGCAAAACAGCGCCAGUCCAAAUCCGCGAAACACCAGAUCCUCACACAAAUCUUGAGGGAGAAUGAAUUAAAGGCCAAAGAGGUGGAAUCAUCAUCCAGACAGGGUUCAUUGAUAGCUACCAACGCUCACCAUGUUCUUCCUGCGCUAUCUGGAGAGGGAGAUUAGUAUUCACCCUUCCUUCUUCGGUAACAAUGUUCACGAAAGAUUAAAAGACCAACUCUACUCCGACCUGGAGGGCAGCUGCAAUGGAGAAUAUUACAUUGUGUGUAUCAUGGACAUUUACAACAUCUCCCCUGGCCGCGUUCGACCAGGUUCGGGGGAUGCGCAAUUCACCAUCUUGUAUCGGGCAAUUCUUUGGAAACCUUUCAAGGGCGAGACGCUCGAUUGCGCGGUGAACAACAUCAAACCUCAGGGUGUCUUUUGCGAAGCCGGUCCUCUCACCAUCUUUGUUUCCGCCAUGCAUCUCCCACCAGGUAUGAAGCACAAUCCAGAUGCCACUCCGCCUUCGUACAGCAACAAGGAAGGAGACAUUAUCGAAAAAGGCUCGGCCGUCAGAGUUCAGGUCAUUGGUCUGCGGAGUGAUGUGGGCAACAUCUAUGCAAUUGGCAAGAUGUCUGCCGCCUGGUUUGGGUAGGUCGCCUGAUCUUUUUACAUGAAGUCGUUCGACUGGCCGCUGAUAUGACAGCAGCGCCUAUUGAUUCGGAUUUGUGAUGGUAUCGAAUUCCGUUUCUUGUGAUCGUUGGACCAUCUCUGCCUACAGGAAUCUCCCACAUGCUUGCGCAUAUUCUUCAUCGCCAAGCAUACUCCAUUACACUGGUGACAGACUGAAAUUUCAAUUGAACGACCCUUGGAAUCAUCACCAGAGGCGGGAAUUUGAGAGUAACUACACAGUGGGCACCAAGAACGAUGUUACUAAAUUGCGCAUCGCGCAAUGAGAUUGUUCGAAUCGUCUCAACCAUGGGGCGACAGGGGAAGAGACUAUGAAACAGGCACAUUCCCUGAUGAAUAUGAUGAAACGAACACUUUCUGGUUGAUUUGGAGGCGCGGGGGGUCGGCUCUCUGGCGUGGGUGCUGAUGAUCAUCAUGCACGCCAUAGAUUUGAGACUGCUCCAUUUACCAAGGAUCGGUCCUCUCCUCUAGCCCAGGGAACCAUUUGCACAGUCGCAAAUCGGGGAGGCUCUUUUGGACGGCCUUCAUCAACCUAGCCUCACUUUGCUUACAGGGGGGGAUCAAACUCUGAAACGCAGGCUAGGCGGGUUCGGGAAGCAGAUGGCGGGGCAACGUGUUUUGAAGGUGACCGCGCCCGCGCUGUUGACCUGUAACGUGUCCCCAUGACUCUGGGCUGCAUCCUCAUCCACUUUUGGAUCUCUGCACCAUGAGAGCCAUGCAGUCAGUCUGCACUCUGCACUCUGCAGGGUGACUGCCGAGCACCGCAUGACAUGACGGCCAAUCUAUGGCCUUGUUAGAAAACAAACAAUGUGUCUUCCCUCCUUCCAGUACUCCGUACAUCAAUGAAAGUCUGAUCCCUCUCG